AUGGCGGACCGUUUUCCAUCGCUGGAUGACUUCGACUCGGGAGCGCAAACGGAGGUCAAGGACACCUCCGGGUCUGACGAACAAGACUUCCUUGCACGCGAGAAAGCGCUUCUUGGCGACGAUGCAGAACAAUUUGCCAGCAGUGGGGACGCUGAAGCACUGGGAGACACCAGUGAAGACCUUCUCGGCGGAGAAAGUGCGCCGUCCGCGUUCGGAUCACAGUUCCCAGACCUGGCUGACCCCUCAUCUGGAAUGGCGGGUGCCCCUGGAGCAUCAGCAAUCACAGGCCCGUCUGUCAGCUACAACUCGGGAUACCAGGCCACUGCGACCGACGAGGAAGAGCCCGAGGUGAUCAGGCAAUGGAGGGACAAGCGCGAUGCGCAAAUCACAAAAAGAGCAGAACAACUGGCCACGCAAAAAGAAGAGACGAUAAAGGAAGCGCAGCAGAAUAUCGAUGACUUCUACGAGAACUACAACAUGAAGAAGGAGAAAGGUAUUGCACAGACCCGCAAGGAUGCCGAGCAGUUCCUGGCAAACCGAGAUGAUACGGUGUCAGGCGGUACUAGCUGGGAUAGAAUUGCGAAAUUGGUUGAUGUCAGCGGCAAGGGAAGCAAGGGCGGUGCCUCAGGCAGUGGCAAGGAACGCUUCCGCGAGAUGUUGGUGGACCUGCGCAAGGACGAAAAAGCACCCGGAGCUACAGGUUAUUGA